AUGCCACCCAAGUCUCAUAGCACCAGCCCCUCACUGACCCUCUGCAGGUGCACGAUCCCAAUCAUCCUCCACGAGACCAGACCCACUGGAGGCCCGAGGCAGGAGCAGGAGGAGCAGGAGGAGAGGGAGGAGCAGGAGGAGAGGGAGGGGCAGAGGCAGGAGCAGAGGCAGGAGGAGCAGGAGGAGAGGGAGGAGCAGGAGGAGAGGGAGGGGCAGAGGCAGGAGCAGAGGCAGGAGCAGGAGGAGAGGGAGGAGCAGGAGGAGAGGGAGGGGCAGAGGCAGGAGCAGAGGCAGGAGCAGAGGGAGGAGCAGAGGCAGGAGCAGGAGCAGAGGGAGGAGCAGAGGCAGGAGCAGGAGCAGAGGGAGGAGCAGGAGCAGAGGGAGGAGCAGGAGGAGAGGGAGGAGCAGAGAGAGGAGCAGAGGCAGGAGCAGAGGGAGGAGCAGAGGCAGGAGCAGGAGCAGAGGGAGGAGCAGAGGCAGGAGCAGGAGCAGAGAGAGGAGCAGAGGGAGGAGCAGAGGCAGGAGCAGGAGCAGAGGGAGGAGCAGAGGCAGGAGCAGAGGCAGGAGCAGGAGCAGAGGGAGGAGCAGAGGCAGGUGCAGGAGCAGGAGCAGAGGGAGGAGCAGAGGGAGGAGCAGGAGCAGGAGCAGAGGGAGGAGCAGAGGGAGGAGCAGAGGGAGGAGCAGAGGGUGGAGCAGAGGCAGGAGCAGGAGCAGAGGGAGGAGCAGAGGCAGGAGCAGGAGCAGGAGCAGAGGGAGGAGCAGGAGCAGGAGCAGAGGGAGGAGCAGAGGGAGGAUAAGAUUAACAAGUAUCAAGAUUUUUAA